UUACCUCUAGUCACAGCCAUGGCUGAAGAAGAUCAUCCUGAUCAACACCAUACGGCCACAACCGCAGGCCUGAAGCUCUUCGGGUUCGACAUAUCCGAAUCGCCAUCCUCGCCGUCUUCCACCUCCCUGCCGCCAGCCGCCGGCGCCGUGUCGGACGGGCGGAAGUACGAGUGCCACUACUGCUGCCGGGAAUUCGCCAACUCGCAAGCGCUGGGCGGCCACCAGAACGCUCACAAGAGGGAGAGGCAGCUCCUCAAGCGGGCCCAGCUCCACGCCGCCCGCCACUUCGCAGCUGCUUCCAGCUACGCGCCCACCGCCUCUUCCACGCUCUCAGCGGCGUCUCAUCGCCACCUCCUCGCGGCGGCGGCGCAGCAUCAACUCCGGCAGCUGGGACCACCGCCGCCGCCACCGCAUGAUCCGUGGUUGUUGUACGCGUGCCAUCUGGUUCCGGAUAUUUCGGGGCGCGGAGUUGGGUGGGUUGGCGGUGGUGCUGCCGACGAGUUUGAGAUUUCGAGGGAGGCGUGGAGGGGAGAGUUCGACGGCGGGGAGGAGGCUGGGCCAGCUCGCCGUGACAAUGGAUUGGGCUUGGACUUGCAUUUGGGCCUUGGAUGUCGUGAGUGAAGUGAGCUUGGUUUCAGGCCUACAAUGUAAUGGGUAUUGGGUGUGGAAUUGAAGCUUAUCGGGCCACCACCUAGACUUCUUGUACAUUUCCUGACAUUUGAGACUCGGUGUGAUUUUUUUUUUUUGUUUUUGUUUUUUUUUCUGUAUUUAUUUUCUACUUCCUCCGCUAAUGCUUCAAACCUUCAACGAUGAUGAUAAUGCCACGCUGCACAUUGAUUUGGUUACAGACUUACAGUGGCAUGCUGAAUGGGAAUGGGUUGAUUCGUUUGGUAAUUUAAUCCAACUGUUAUUAUCUAUGUGUCAGAUUCAAAUAAAUUACUUAUACGUAC